AUGGCUACUCCGAUCAGUAUGACCAUCCAAGAACUCGACGGUCUCUGGGUGAUGGACAAGAACUUAACGAGCGAGUUAGACCCGAUGAUGAAAAUGCAAGGAAUCCCUUGGCCGCUUCGAAAAGCAAUUUGCUUGACAAAUAUCCGCCUUCGUAUUUCCACAUACACGGCGAAAGACAUAGACAUCAACAUUGACGCCCACCCAGAACCGGUGAAGGUGAUCGAUGUCCUCCAAACUACGACUGGAAACCUCGCUGGAACAAACGAAGUGCGAACCAUGAACUGGGCCCUUCAAAAACACAAAGAUUAUAUAUUCGGCACCGUCAAAAGUUGGAGCCGUUUUAUUGAUGGAGCGAGGGAUAUGAAAGGCAACAUGCGCCCGGACGUCGAGGUUCAGACGGAAGUGACUGAUAACUCAAUAACGAAAUUCCUGCGAGGAGAGAUCCUACCUGAUGGCAUCACCAGGUGUGAAGGUUUUCUGGUAGAGCCUGGGGGAGGCGAUGGAUUCAGCAGAGGGUGCUGGGUCCAAACCUUUGCACGAGGCGUGGACACUGGUUGGACAGCUGAGCAAAUUUGGGGAUUCGAAAAUAUUAACGGCAAACGCUACUAUACUCGUCGGGUCGUUAUUGCCAAUGUGGAAGGGGGUUCAGAUUAG